AUGUCUACUUCAAUAUCUCACACCUUUGUGUCUCCGUGUUUGCAAUUGCAGAAAAGAGGUGGUCGACCAGACCAGAGGUGGAUUCAGAAGCCAAGCAGUAGCAAAAUAGAUGAAACGUUUGAUGCUGCAGAAGUUAAGUCUGCAGCUUCUAUUGAGGUUAUCACAAUUGGAGUUAAUAGGCUUGUUAUUGCUGAAAACAGUGCACGAUCCUCUGUUCUUGUGCCACAGUUUGGGGGUAUCACCGUGAAUGAUGUAGCAGUAGCAGCUACUCAUGGUCAAAGUAAUGGACAGUCGUCCCAUGUUUCAGUUGGAUGUUCUCCAGUAAUAAAUGCCAACUCUUUACAUGGUAAAAAAUGCGUCUACCAACCAAAGUCUUAUGGGACAGUUUCUGGUGAUGCUGCAAAAGAAACUACCAGACAGGAAACUACAGCUCAAACUGCUGCUUUGAGCCGUUUGUUCAACAAAGAUUUGUUGGAGAAUUUUAAUGUAGACAACUCGACUUACUCCACUACCAAAAUCAUAGCAACAUUCAUCCUAAAUUUGAAAAUGAGAAGUCUGAUAGAGAGGUUUCACUCAAACACUUUGGAUCUCUUUUUAUGUAUGUUGGCCAUGAGGGUGGAGCCUAUGCAAAGAACAGCUUUGGGAAUGUUUAUACUGCAGUUGGAGUUUUUGUUCUUGGAAGAAUAUUUCUUUGAUUACAGCCAUGAUCACCGUUCAGAACCUCAAUCAAGAAACCUUCAAGAUGGAUUGAGUGUGCAAUCUGCUGGCACUUUUUCAAGUUCUAGAGAAGCUAAUUUAGAGUAUGAUAACUAUGCAACUCCAACUGCAACUGCAACUUCUACAUACCUGAACAAUGACCCAUAUGGAUAUGGAAACAUAGGAUAUGCAGGCUACUCUAGUAGUAGCUAUCAGCAACAACAGCCAAAUCAAUCAUACCCUCAACAGGUUAGUGACUCUUAUAAGCAGGCUCUGAUGAACGGCCCGAAGCUUAUUGAGCGAGAAAUGGAAUGGUUUAAGAUUUGUGAAAAGGAGACAAAGACAAAAGCUUUCUCCAAAGAAGGCCUAGGACAACAACCUAAAACGUUGAAUAACACACAUUACUGGAAGCACUUGCAAACUUGUCUUGUGAAAACUGAUGAUUGCGGUAACUUAUCAAAAAGAUUCAAGACUCUUAAACAAUAUGAAUUGGCAAAAUUAACUCCCAUUGAAGCCGGUUGUUGCAUACCACCAUCUGUGGUUGAUGAAAGCGAAUAG